AUGGGCAACUUUCGCAUUAAGCCGCCUGGUGUGCGACACGCGUUCCCAAAGCUGGGAACACACCGGACUGUUAUGUUCCGGCGAAUGAACCUCCUCAACUGGCCACCGGAGGACGCUUCUCCUCUUCAUCCUAUCGAACCCUGGGGACGCCAGUUCUUCGUCUUCAACGCGUUCGCCACGAUCGAACCUGCAGACUGGGCGGGUCCUCGUGGACCUUUUCCGCGCAUUCCUCCUCUCGUUAAACCCGCCCCCGAUGCAGCCUCCCUGGCUGCAUCGUCGACUUCUCUCCUGUCGGCUCUCAGAGAAGCGCAGGAGACAAGCGCGACGCGCACAGUCAUGUGCGUGACCGAUUUUGCUCAAAGGCCUCUAAUGUUUCUCGGCAAAGACGACUUUCACGCUUUAAGAGAAAAUCUCCCUCGCAUAAAGGAAGAGUUGAAAGCCUUCAAAGAGCGAAUAAAGCCGAACCCCGUGCAUGCGCAGUACGAUCUCCGCCGCAGGCUCCUUGUCUACCCGCGGCAAGCGAUGCAGCGCUUAAAGACAGGCGAACACGGAGGCUACGGAACGCGACGGGGAACCAUCCGUGAAAGGAAAACGUAG